GAGAGAGAGAGAGAGAAGAGAGAGAGAGAGAGAGAGAAGAGAGAGAGAGAGAGAGAGAGAGAGAGAGAAAGAACAGUAUAGACUACAGAGUGCACGCUAUUUCUCUUCAACCCCAUCGACUCUGCACUGCUAGGGUUUCGGACCUCGUGAACCAGGUGAAGUGAUGACUACUGAAGAGGAAUCCAUUGAACAAGCUGCUGCAGCUCGGCGUGAGAGGCUGAAAGCUCUUAGAGCUGCUCAAGAGCUCUUAAACACCCCUGAUGAUGAUUCAGUUCCAAAUGAAGAUAAGAAGGAGGAUUCUGAUGAUGCUGAUGAAGAAGAGAGCCUGAGCAUGAAGUUCAGGAACUACCUUCCUCAUGAUAAGCAACUUCAGGAGGGUAAGCUAGCUGCCCCAGUCCUGCCAAAGUUUGAAGACCCAAUUGCAACAGAACCUCCAGCACCAGAGGAGACCAAGGACCCAUUUGUAAACAUUGCUCCAAAGAAGCCGAACUGGGAUCUCAAAAGGGAUGUGCUAAAGAAGCUUGAAAAGCUUGAAAGACGCACUCAAAAGGCAGUAGUUCAACUAAUGGAGGAGCAACAAAAGGAGAAUGAAGCCAUGGCGGAGGAGAAUGGUUUAACUGCUGCUGAAGAUUAGAAUACAAAUUCAAGCAACAGAAGGUUAUCAGUAUGGGUGUCAUUCAUCAAGGUUUCUUCCCUUUAUAUGAACCAAUCAUAUCAUGAGAAUUGAAAUCAUUGUCUUCUGAAACCUUGUAACUGCAUAACAUGUAAAGGAUUCUGUUGAAGCCAUACACCAACAGAACUUGUAAAAUUAACAAUUAGUUGAAACUUUCACCAAAUAGGGUUAUGGUUUCAUCCAAUGGUGGUACCCAAACUGUACAGUUGGAUUAUAAAUUUUGAUUUGGAAUUAUUUAAAUCCAUAAAAUAUAUUACUAAUACUAA